AAACCUGUAUUAGGGGAAAACCAGGGUCCUCGGCAUUUUUUUUUUUUUUUCUUUUUUUGCGAGCAGUGCACCCAGAAUCCAAAAAGAUUUUUACAAAAAGGAAGAAGAAGAAAGAAAGAGAGAAAAGGAAAGAAAGAAAGCACAGUUCUUUGGUAACCCGGAUACAGCUACAGAAUCGUUCUACUGGACACCAGCACUGGGAAUUCAUUUUUUUUGAGGUCAAUUUCCAAUCGAGAUAAAUCUAUUGGAUUAGUAGGAUUAUCUGAUCGCAGCUCAAAGAAGUAACGCUGUUUGAUCGUUUGUAUUUCUUGCCUGAUGGUCGGAAUUACACGGAUGCGGCUUUGGUUCGCCGGGAUUCUGAAUCGUGGCAGCAUCUGGAGAGAAAAAAAGCAUCAAUCCACACGUUUAGGAAGUGUCCGUGGGUGAAUAAAGAGGGGGGGGGAGGUGUAACCGGGGUUGCGGCUGCUUAAAGGAAAAAAAUAAUAAUAAUAAUAAAGGAAGCAUCUUGAAUUCUGAAACAAGAAUUACCGACUUCCAGGGCUUGGAAAGAAAGCAUCUACAAACUGGUAAAUACUUUGACCAUUUCGGCUUGAAUUUGACAGCGAAGUGUUGGUGGAAAAAAAAAAAACAAAACAAAAAACCUGUCUCCUUGAAUAAUUGAAAGAGGACUGGGGGAAGAUGAGGGGGCUCCCUCCGUGGACGCGUCUCGCCGGGGGAUAUAGACCCACAGCUAACUGGAUUUGAUUUAUACAAGGAAAAUCUACAUCAAUGGCCACUCUCGGCACAUUGCUACUAUGGAAAACAGAAGGGUCAAUAGGAGACGGUCUGAUGAAUAGGGGUGACUGAAGAUGUUGCAUCAGUCCGUGGGAAAUCAAUGGGAGCUACUUGCUGCAUGAAGAGUGUUCUGAUCUCUCCUUAACAAGCUCAAAUUUGAGAGAUUGGGGGCACAUUCUACCAUCUUCCAUCUUUCUCAAGUGGAUACACAGAUAUUUGCCUCACUGUACCAGACAACUAAACAACUAAUGUGGGACCAUGGCGCUUCCCAGAUGCAUGUGGCCAAAUUAUGUUUGGAGAGCCACGAUGGCCUGUGUGGUACACAGGGGAUUGGGUGCCCCAUUGACUCUCUGUUUGCUGGGAUGUUUGCUACAGACUGUCCAUGUGCUCUCUCAAAAACUGGAUGAUGUUGACCCAUUGGUUACUACUAACUUUGGCAAGAUAAGAGGAAUUAAGAAAGAACUCAAUAAUGAAAUUUUGGGGCCUGUCAUUCAGUUUCUUGGGGUUCCAUAUGCUGCUCCACCAACAGGUGAACAUCGAUUUCAGCCUCCAGAACCGCCAUCUCCCUGGUCGGAUAUCCGGAAUGCCACUCAGUUUGCUCCUGUAUGUCCCCAGAAUAUCAUUGAUGGCAGAUUGCCUGAAGUGAUGCUUCCUGUGUGGUUCACUAAUAACUUGGAUGUGGUUUCAUCAUAUGUACAAGACCAGAGUGAAGACUGCCUAUACUUAAACAUCUAUGUCCCAACUGAAGAUGAUAUUCGGGACAGUGGGGGUCCCAAACCAGUGAUGGUGUAUAUCCAUGGCGGCUCUUACAUGGAAGGGACUGGAAAUCUCUAUGACGGGAGUGUCUUGGCAAGCUAUGGCAAUGUGAUCGUCAUCACAGUCAACUAUCGGCUUGGGGUACUUGGCUUCUUGAGCACAGGGGAUCAGGCUGCCAAAGGAAACUACGGGCUCCUUGACCUCAUCCAGGCCCUGAGAUGGACUAGCGAGAACAUUGGGUUCUUUGGUGGUGAUCCCUUGCGAAUCACUGUGUUUGGAUCAGGCGCUGGGGGUUCAUGUGUCAAUCUGCUGACUUUAUCCCAUUAUUCUGAAGGUAACCGUUGGAGCAAUUCAACCAAAGGACUUUUUCAACGAGCAAUAGCUCAGAGUGGAACAGCCCUUUCCAGCUGGGCUGUUAGCUUCCAGCCUGCAAAAUAUGCUAGAAUGCUGGCCACAAAGGUUGGCUGCAAUGUGUCAGAUACAGUAGAGUUAGUGGAAUGCCUGCAGAAGAAGCCUUACAAAGAACUUGUUGAUCAAGACGUUCAACCAGCCCGAUACCACAUAGCCUUUGGACCUGUGAUCGAUGGUGAUGUAAUACCAGAUGAUCCUCAGAUACUGAUGGAACAAGGAGAGUUCCUCAACUAUGAUAUAAUGUUAGGAGUUAACCAAGGGGAAGGGUUGAAGUUUGUCGAAAAUAUAGUAGAUAGUGAUGAUGGCAUAUCAGCCAGUGAUUUCGACUUCGCUGUUUCUAAUUUUGUUGAUAAUCUAUAUGGAUAUCCUGAAGGCAAAGACGUUUUGAGAGAAACCAUUAAAUUCAUGUAUACUGACUGGGCUGAUCGCCAUAAUCCUGAAACUAGAAGGAAGACAUUGUUGGCCUUGUUUACUGACCAUCAGUGGGUAGCACCUGCUGUGGCUACAGCAGACCUUCACUCAAACUUUGGCUCACCCACAUACUUCUAUGCCUUUUAUCAUCAUUGCCAAACAGAUCAAGUUCCAGCUUGGGCAGAUGCAGCUCAUGGAGAUGAGGUUCCCUAUGUGUUGGGAAUUCCCAUGAUUGGCCCUACAGAGUUAUUUCCUUGCAAUUUCUCCAAGAAUGAUGUGAUGUUGAGUGCAGUAGUAAUGACAUACUGGACAAAUUUUGCUAAAACUGGUGACCCAAAUCAACCAGUUCCUCAAGACACAAAAUUCAUUCAUACCAAACCCAACCGCUUUGAAGAAGUAGCAUGGACUCGAUAUUCCCAGAAAGACCAACUUUAUCUCCAUAUUGGAUUAAAACCAAGAGUUAAAGAGCAUUACAGAGCCAAUAAGGUAAAUCUCUGGUUGGAGCUGGUUCCUCAUCUGCAUAAUCUCAAUGAUAUUUCCCAGUAUACCUCCACAACAACUAAAGUGCCAUCAACGGACACCACUCUCAGACCUACCAGGAAAAAUUCCACACCGGUCACAUCAGCCUUUCCCACUGCCAAACAGGAUGAUCCCAAACAACAACCAAGUCCUUUCUCGGUAGAUCAGAGGGACUACUCCACAGAGCUAAGUGUCACGAUUGCAGUGGGAGCAUCACUGCUGUUUCUGAACAUCCUGGCCUUCGCAGCCCUGUACUACAAAAAGGAUAAGAGGAGACAUGAUGUCCACCGAAGGUGCAGCCCACAGCGCACGACCACCAACGACCUGACCCAUGCUCCCGAAGAAGAAAUCAUGUCCCUCCAAAUGAAGCACACUGACUUGGAUCACGAGUGUGAGUCAAUCCAUCCACAUGAGGUGGUUCUCCGGACCGCCUGCCCCCCAGAUUAUACUCUAGCUAUGAGGAGGUCACCUGAUGAUGUUCCUUUAAUGACACCUAACACCAUCACAAUGAUUCCCAACACUAUACCAGGGAUUCAGCCCUUACACACAUUCAAUACAUUUACUGGAGGACAGAACAACACCCUGCCCCAUCCCCACCCUCAUCCCCAUUCACAUUCAACAACCAGGGUAUAGCCAGAUGAGAGAGACAAACUGAUUUUUUUUUUCUGAUGGAGUGCAGCAAAAGAUUAUUGAAGAUUCCUUGGCUUUCAACUCGGAAGACUCUCGCUAUUUAAAUAAGGAGGAAUAUUAUGUGAAUAUACAUAUCAAGAACUUUGGGGGUUUUGAAAAUGAAUUGUAUAUAGAUAUACACACAAAUCAACUUUAAAAAACAAAUUUCAAUUGUUUGAAGCAAUUGUUCUGAAUGAUACUUUUUCAUUCACAUUCAAGAAUUAAUUUGUUGAAGAUUUAAGUUACAUAAUGGAGUUAGGCGUGUGGAACACCAAACAGGAAAGUACUGUGUCUGAACUACUUUUAAAAGGAAAGAAAGAAAGAAAAACAAAAAUGAAAUCAACUAUGAAUAUGCACAAGGGACACAUCAAUGGAAUGUCCGAUAAUUUUCGUCAGUUUUCAUUUGGAGCCCUUUAAUUGUGUAGACCAUAUUUGCUUAAAUACACAGAGCACGAUGCUGUUAAUGGCAUAGCAGAGGCUCAUGCUGAAAAUUGCCAGUAAAACAGAGAAGUUUAAAGACUGGCAGGUACAACAUUAUCACAUAAGUGCUGUCAGUACUAAGUCGUGGGGAUCAAGGAGACUGGAUAUUUUUAGCACGAUGUGCAUGAUAAUUUAUAUGCUUGGUGGCUGUGCUGCUGAUUAAGCCGUAAUUAAAAUUCUUCUCAUCCCAUUGGAGUUUUUAAUAGGAGCUUUCUCCAUCAAUUGGCAGAACCUAAAGAAGAUUUUAUAAGGGGCAAAAGUAAUUACAAUAAAAUAAUUUGCAGUAGUUUCGAUAAUAGAAGGAAUAGUUAUUAAAGUCUUUGGAGAAACUAGAGUUAUAGUGGUGCAUACUCGCUGAUAUGAAUCCCAGAAAAAAAUUCUUAUGAGUUUAAUAUUCUUUUCAUUCCCUUAUAAGUAAUUUAUAGAAAUGCAACUCUAAUUGGACAUGUGUUAGCUGUGGAUCUAUAAUUUGCUGUGGGUUUGUUACUCUGAAGUUUGCUCCUUUUUGGUAAGGUGAAGUGCCACAGUUUUUCAAGGUGUAGGGUGCCCCAAUAGUACUGCUCUGAUUACAGUUCUCAGUUAAUUGAUUUACUCAUGUUGCAUGACAAAAUGCUUACUACCAAUAAUUCAAUAGAAAGUUCAGUCCCUCUUCACAUUGCUUCUUUCUCACUGAGGUUCACUUGAAUUACUCAUGAGGUCUCAGUAGAGGACAUGUAGGUGGAGAACCUAGGAAAGUCAACAGCUAGAGGGUUUGUCUUUCACAUAUGUGCAAUUUCAAAUGAAUUAUCUAAGACCACAGGAAACUCUGAAUCCUCUUUUGUUUACCAGUAAUAUCAGUAUACCACAGACCUUUCCAAAUGUUUGUAUAUGUAAUCAGAUGUACAUUUAUAUUAAAAAAUGAGAUGGACUUAAAGAGCACAUCCUGAUAAAUGAUUUCUCUCUUAUCUGUACUAUAUUUCUAUUAGACUAAAGUUAUGUGAUUUUUUUUUUUUACCUUUUUUCAGAUGACUAGCAAUUUUGAUAGUUUGUAAGAUAACGCAAAGGACUUUCUCUGACUAACUGCAGUAACAGAAACCUUUCUUUCCAGCUACCCUUUUUCAAGAAUUGAAAGCUUAUUAUACACAAGAAAACACUUGUAUACUACUUGAUGGGAAGGACGUUGUGUAUCUCGACCACGUCAGUGGUCACUGGGUGAAAUAAAGAUAAUAUGGAAAAUGACGAUCAGUCAAAUGCUAAGAGACAUGAUUUUUGCUCAUUAAAGAGCUAAAAUGUU